UUAGUGUGGAGUGGCUUUAAUGCUGGAAAUAAUCCUGUUGGCCAAAACCCCAGAACUGUGCAGAUCAGAAAAGGAUGCAGGAAAUUCUGUUUACACAUGUGUCUGCAGCACUGAGCAGCAAGAACAGCCCAGCAAGCCCAAAGGGGGUGAAAUCACAUUAAGACUUGAAACAUGAAUCUAGACUCUGUCCAUAAGUUAUCUGACAAGACACAGAUUUUCAGGACUCAAAGACAGUCUUAUGAAGUAGCUGAAGGUAGCAAAGCAACAGGUAACAUCUGUAACUCAAAUUUACCAUCUCAAAGGAUCCAUUCAUACUCGUCUCAUCAUCCUUGUUUGCAUAUUAGUAACAACAAUGACUGGGAGGUUUCUGAAGAGCUCCGACUUCGGGAGCUGGAAGAAGUUAAGGCUAGAGCUGCCCAAAUGGAGAAGACCAUGCGCUGGUGGUCAGACUGUACAGCCAACUGGCGGGAGAAAUGGAGCAAAGUUAGAGCCGAAAGGAAUAAAGCCCGGGAAGAAGGGAGACAACUGAGAAUCAAACUGGAGACUACAAUGAAGGAACUAAAUGCACUGAAAAAGCUAAACCAAGACUUACUAAGUGAAAAGGAAGAGUGGAAAACUGAAGUCAGUUGGGAAAAUAAACCCAAUUUCUCAGAGGUACCCUGUAUGAGAGAAAAGGAGUACCAGUUAGUGUGCCUGGAACAAGAGCCUGUUAAAGAUGUGAUCAAAACCAAGAUCCUUGCAGUACAGGAAACGCAUAAGGAUGUGGAGACAACUGAAAACAUUUUAGGAAAGAAUGAAGGUAUAAGAUUCAAUGUGAGGCUCAUGGACUCCUUUGCUCCUGGCAUUUGUCUGGAAAAACCUAAACAAAGGCUUGAGAGCCUAGUCUAUCCUUUGGAGAAUGAAUUAAUCCAAGUUUCUGCUUUGCAUUUACAAUUGGAUGAGUCACAGAAAAUCUUACAGAAGGAAAGAGAAAUGCAUUUUUUCCUGGAAAAAGAAGUAGACAAGCUGCACUCAGAUCUCUCUCAAUGGAAAUGGAAAUAUGAAGAAAUGCGACAGUCCAAGAUGGAGAGUCUGAAACAGCUGGAGAGAUUACAGUCUGAGAAUACCUCUGAGUGGGGAAAAAGAGAGAUACUUGAAACAGAAAAGCAAGGUCUGGAAAGAGAGAAUAGAAGGUUGAAGGCCCAGGUGAAAGAAAUUCAGGAACUUUUGGACAGGAGAAAUAAACUCACAUCAAGUAACUUGGAUUCUGAUUUCAAGAGAGUGGAAACUGAACUACUAGAAAAAAACAAGGCACUCAUUGAUCUACAGCAUGCUCACCACAAGCUAAACAAGCAGCAUCAUGAUAAAGUGGCGGAAUUGAUGCAUGCAAACAAGAGAAUGGAACAACAUGAGGCUGAGGUUAAGAAGCUGAGAAUUCGGGUGGAAGACCUAAAAAGAGAACUAAACCAGGCAGAGGAUAAGCUUGAUGACUCACUAAACCAGAUUCGAAAGCUACAGCGAUCCCUGGAUGAACAGACAGAGGCAAAUGAUAAUUUACAGAUUCAGUUUAAUCAUUUGAAAAGCAGAUUAAAGAGACAGCAGAAAGUGAGCUCAGGAUUUGGCAACAUGUAUGAUUUUGGAGACUUCGUGGAGGCAGUGACUGAAGAAGAGGGGGGCCAACCUGCUUCCUAGAACAGCCCUCCAAUGACAAAACCCAGAAUGAUCAUUAGGAACGGAGAAAAACUAAAAAAAGCUUUACAAGAAAGAGACAGUUGUUAAACACGUGGCAAAUCUGUACAAAGGAAUAUAAUAUGUAUUUUGUCUACUAAUCCGGGUUCAUUUUACAUUAGACUCACAGGAAAUAUGUUUACUAUGAUAUGUACCAAAUUUGAACUGGAAUUUGCAGUUAUACAUUUUUCAUCUUAGUUCUUUUGAUUGCUUUCUCUUAAAGCAAUAAUCUGAUUUUACUUAUUAUGGCGAUGUCCUAGACAAACUGAAUUUAAAACACACAAUGUGAAGGCUACCUGGUUCAGAUUUAGUAUUGUGCAGGGGACAAAGCUAUGAACUGGGAACCAGAGGACUUAAAUUCUAUUCCCUGCUUUGCUUCUGAACUUUUGUGUAAAUGUGGACAAGUCACUUCCUUCCUCUGUACUUCAGUUUACAUCAAUCUAAUGUUAGAAGGUGCCUAUCUUCCUUCAUAAAGCAUUUUGAGGUCUGCGGAUUUCAAAUCAACCCUCCCCUUUUAUAUUUUCUGUUAUCCCACAGCCCUUCACCUUACCCCUCCCCCCCCCACAUAUGCAUGUAAACAUGUACAUAUUAGCUUUGCAAAACAAGCUUAAGAUCUUAACUGUGCUUUCAUUUAAAUUUCUCUGUUUUAUUAACUAUAUGUGUAUAAGUAUUUAAAUUAUGUUUAAGUAUCAGUAAUCUUUUUAUAUGAAAUAGUAUUCUAAGCAUUAGGACUAGCAUUAGGAAUUUCAAAAUAACAGUAUCAGAAAAUUUUGAAAUACCAUUCUCUCAAGUGUUAAUAAAUGAAGGAAGAGACCAGCAUUUCUCUGUCAUUGGCUCAUAGGUAUUCUCUAUCAGGGUCAACACCAACUAGAAUCAUUAAUAGGGAUAUAAAAAGAAUUAAAAAUUUUGGUUCACAGGGAUUCUAUGGACCCAACAUGACAGUUCUGCAGUCCUCUUGUUGAAGUUUGAUAUUGUGUCCAUAUGAGCCUGAAACUCCAAGUCUUGGUCUACAUUAGGAAUUUAUUUCAAAAUAACCACCUUUUCCCCUCCCCGCUCAGGUCAAAUUUGUAAGCAGAACAUCCCCACUACCAAGCCCAUUAUUUUGAAAUAAUGGGCUGUGGAAUUUGAAAUCUGUACUCCUGCUUUUCAUAAGGAGUAACACUAAUUCUGAAAUAGUUAUUGUAAGAUAGCAUUAGGCUGGACACUCCGGUGCUGCUAUUUUGAAAUAAUUACUCCCCAGAGUUAUUUGAACUAAUUACUUUCCAGUGAUUCCUGGAGGUCCAAGUCCGAAGUAGCAUAUCCACAUAAAUGGAGCCUGCCUCGGACUAAUUUCAAGGCUUCCCCAUAGUGUGGACAUGCUAGUUCAAAUUUGUUAAAUAGGGAGCUAUUAAGUUGAGUUUACUAAUUUCAAAAUACUUUCCUAGUGUAGACAUGUCCCAAGAGGAAUUUUUAAUUUUUUUGAAACCAUCAAGUUUGGCCACACCUUUAAAUUCCACUAGAACAUUGGAUGGUCUCAUCUUCCUUACAGUAUCCUACAAUCCUCUUCCCUGUUCUAUAUCUUCAUGGACGUGUGCCUGGCCGGCUCCCCUUAAUGCUGUCUUCUGAGGAUAUUUAGGAAUAGUAAAAUGGUUUGCUGUCCUUUCUCAGAUAUCCAUAGCUGAUGCUCUCCUCUGGGGUGAAGUUAUACAUUGACUGAGAUCAGUCUUUUUGAAACACAAUUCAGAAUUUGUGGGAAUUAAGAUUCUGAUAAUGUUAAAAAGAGUGAUUUCGCUUUUUUUGUCCAAACUCUUUUUUUCCUGCCUUCCCAAAUCUGACUUCCCCACUAUUUCUUAUUGAGGAUAUAUUUCUUAGAACUGUUCAUAUUUGAUUCAGAAUACUCCUUUUACACUUACAAGCCACAGAAGGAAGUGAGGGUAUGUCUACACUACCACCCUAG